AUGAAGAUCAAAGCACUCAGCCGCUCGGUGUCGUCGCACCAAGCGCCGGGCUCCGACGUUGCCAAAAAGCCGCGGAACCUCGACUCCGCACUGCAUCCAUUCGAGCGAGCUCGAGAGUAUCAGCGUGCAGUCAAUGCGGUAAAGCUCGAGCGGAUGCACGCUGCGCCCUUCAUCGGCCAGCUUGGGAGGGGCCAUGUUGAUGGCGUAUACUCAAUCGCCAAGGAUCCAAACUCUCUGCAACGGUUCGCCAGUGGGAGUGGCGAUGGCGUCGUCAAGGUCUGGGACUUGACGGACCGUGACGAGACUUGGCACACGACGGCGCACCAAAACAUCGUCAAGGGGCUCGAGUGGACGAGAGACCAGAAACUUUUGACCUGUGGUGCCGACCGCACAAUCAAGCUGUUUGAUCCGUAUAAUACGCCCAGCGAAGCGGCGCCGAUAUCAUCUUGGUUGGGCGCAGGCGCCUUCACCAGCCUCUCACACCACCGAUCAAAAAAUGCGUUCGCGGCGGCUUCGAGCGUCAUAUCAAUCUAUGAUCUCGAAAAGCACACAGCGGCUCCCGAGGUACUCCAGUGGCCCACGUCAACCGAUACCAUCACCAACGUCUCCUUCAACUACGUCGAGACGUCCAUCCUUGCUUCCUGCUCCACCGAUCGCUCAAUUGUCAUCUACGACCUUCGGACCUCGACGCCUGUCUGCAAGACGAUUCUGAAUUUCGCCACGAACCAUAUAGCCUGGUCACCCAUGGAGGCCUUUAACAUGGCGACGGCUUCCGAGGACCACAACAUCUAUCUCUUUGACAUGCGCCGCUUCGAUCGCGCCCUCAACGUCCUCAAGGACCACGUCGCCGCCGUCAUGGACGUCGAGUUCUCCCCCACGGGCGAAGAGCUCGUCUCGGCCUCCUGGGAUCGCACCGUUCGCCUCUGGGAGCGCAACCGCGGCCAUUCUCGCGAUAUUUACCACACCAAGCGCAUGCAGCGCGUCAUGACCGCCAAGUGGACGCCCGAUGCCAAGUACAUCCUCUCGGGCUCGGACGAUGGUAACAUUCGACUCUGGCGUGCCAACGCCUCCGAGCGCCAGGGCGUCAAAUCCGCCAGACACCGGCAGGCGCUCGAGUACAACGAAGCUCUUGUGAACCGCUUCGCCCACAUGCCCGAGGUCCGCCGCAUCAAGCGCCACCGCCACGUGCCCAAAGUGCUCAAGAAGGCUGGUGAGAUAAAAGCAGAAGAGCUCAAGAGCAUCAAGCGCAAGGAUGAGAACGAGCGGCGGCACACCAAGAAGCAGUUUGAGAGGCGCAAGAGCGAAAGAGAAAAGAUGGUGCUGGCCAAGGAAAAGUAA